AUGAAUAACGCGCAAGAUAUGUCUCCUGAUUUUGUCUUGAUGCGCUUGGUUUCUGCGGCUGAAUAUGACCGAUUGGACGAGGAGAAUUUGACGUCGGGCGUUGGAGUGGUUUCCGGAUUCGGGAAAGCUGUCUUGGGUAAUCAUGGCAACAAUAUCAACAAUGGGUUUGAAUUUGAUCCGAACAACCCCACAGCAGGCCCGUCGAUUCCGAGCAAUCCCUCCCCGCACUAUAGUUCACAGGUUGAGAGCCGGGCGGGAGCCCUUGACAGCGGCUUUAUGCUGACUCGACCCUCAGCUUCUGAUGCGCCUCAACCACCCGGAUUUGCCGUGGCUCAGCGCUUCGAUUUCCCUCAUGGCGCGGGCAGAGGCUCGCGGGCUCAGCUCAUGGUGUUUCAGAACCUCCUUACGACAAGCGACGGUAUUUUGGAAUGUGGCCUCGAGCAACCUCCUGGCUUCCAGGUAAGUGAGGCUGAGAAACAGGAAGCCAGUUCUGCCUGUGUCAUGAUGACCAGUGACAACAACAUGAAUGUGCAACACCAGAGGCUUCAGUGGCACCCCAUUAUGAAGCUGUCCAAGGUGGUCGCAGAUGCCGGUGACCUGGCUGGAGAGGGAGAUGGGCUCUGCCACCGGCACCGCCUGGUCACUGACGCCAUGGACUGGCCUCCGCUCCUGGACAAGUCCCUCCGCUUUGGCAUCCUGGACCCCAGGAAGACCUGUUCAACGGGGGACACAAACUACCACCACCACCUGGAUGACACUGUGCUCAACCUGGCCCGGAGGCUGGGGGAGCUGGGCCAGGCCUCGGAGAUGCUGCUGAAGGAGGGAGGAGAGAUGCCUCGCUGUUCCUGUCAGAGCAUCCUGGCUUCGGCAACGGUGGGCAUGGGCCCCGGAGAGGACCCUAGUGAGACCAGUGACGCCCUCCUGGUGCUGGAGGGCCUGGGCUCGGAGGAAGUGGGGGAGCUGGGGAUGGGCGGGGAGGAGUUUAAAGGUGGUGUCCCCAGGCAGGAGGGCGAGACGGAAACGGGGCAGGACGGGCGGGGGGCUUUCUCCAGCGGUUCCCUCACGGGGCUAAUGAGGCAGGUACACAGGCUGGCCGGGGAGGCCUGUGCCUGUGACCCCCAGGUGUGUCCCUCCCCUUUGGAUGCCCUGGGCUCUGCUGCAGCCUUAACAUCGUCUUCCCUGUCUCUGGCCUCCUCUAACACCACGAGACAGCAGGCAGCGGAAGCCUCUGGCACCUUACCUUCACAGGACCCCCCCAGCCAAACCUCCCAAUCCCAGCCCCAAAGCAGGGCCACCACGCCGAAGUUAGGGGUGAUGUUGCAAGCUGCCUCACCCUUAGUAGUAGAGGGGGCAGCAGGGGGUGAGAAGACGACCAGAGGGAAGUCCAGGAAAGGCUCUCUGAAGAUCCGUCUGAGCAAACUAUUCCGGACCAAGAGCAGCAGCGGCUCCAGUCAUCUACUGGACAAGAGGCCCUCGCUGGCCUCCUCCACCUCCUCUGGGGGCAGCCUGAUGGAUGUGUGGGGCUCCGGAUCCACCAGCACAGACCAGGACACAGGGAGGUGAGGUUAAGGAGAGGGAAGGGGACAGCUCUGACUGGGUCUCAAAUAGUGUUGGUCUAGCUGAGGAGACUGGGAGAGGACAGGGUGGUAAGGCUGAGGGUACGGGACAGCUCUGCUGUCUCAGCUAGUGUUGGCCUAGUACAGUUAUCAUUAUACUGUUAUUAGAAGGUAAGCUAUUAUUGGCUUUACAAGGGAUUAUUGUAGCGCUAGAGGCACUAAAACAAUGUGGGCGUAGUAGAGUUAUUAUUAUAGAAGUUAAGCUAUUGGUAACCAAAUUAAUGAUGAUUAUAGUGCUAAAGGCACUAAAGGUUGACUAGUGGUUAGUGGAACCGCAGUCAAUUUUCCCAGUGAGAGACAAACAUUUAGAUAUGAGAGCUCUUAGCUCACCUCGUCAACAAAAUCACAAGUUACUCCUCUUAUUCAGCUGUUUUAUAAUAAACUUUUAAAACAGGACAAGAAAGGUGAUUAACUUAUCAUGUUCUUAAAGAACCAUGCUGGAACUUGGGCCUAUUGAGUAGACUAUAUGCUACAGUACAGUCAGUGGUGUAAAGUACUUAAGUAAAAAUACUUUAAAGUACUACCUAAGUAGUUUUUGGGGGUAAUCUGCACUUUACUUUACUAUUUAUAUUUUUGACAACUUUUACUUUUACUCCACUACAUUCCUAAUGAAAAUAAUGUACUUUUUACUCCAUACAUUUUCCCUGACACCCAAAAGUACUCGUUACAUUUUGACUGCUUAACAGGACAGGAAAAUGAUCAAAUUCACGCACUUAUCAAGAGAACAUCCCAGGUCAUCCGUACUGCCUCUGAUCUGGUGGACUCACUAAACACAAAUGCUUAAUUUGUCUAUUAUGUCUGAGUGUUGGAGUGUGCCCCUGACUAUCCUUAAAAAAAACAAAAAAUUGUGCCAUCUGGUUUGCCUAAUAUAAGGAUUUUGAAAUGAUUUAUACUUUUGAUAUUUAAGUAUAUUUUUGAAAUGACAUUUACUUUUGAUACUUAAGUAUAUUUAAAAUCAAAUACUUUUAGACUUUUACUCAAGUAGUAUAUUUCUGGGUGACUUUCACUUUUACUUUAGUCAUUUUCUAUUAAGGUAUCUUUACUUUUACUCAAGUAUGACAAUUUGGUACUUUUCCCACCAGAGUACAGUAACAUUUGAGAGGGCGAUGACUCCAAAUAAUUUGACUUUGAUUACUAACUUAAUCCACUGUAGGCCUAGUAUCUACCUUAGGCAUGAUGGUUUUAUCAUGUCCUAAGCUCCCAAUUCAAUGAAGAUUCGAAAUGUCAACCAAUGUUGCCAUAGUUGUGUGUUUGUUCACAGAUACAUGUAGUUUAGGGCAGUUACCUGUAGACACCUGCUAUGAUGUAGCCUUGACAUCAUGCUCCAUAGUUACUGAGAUAUUCUGGCAUCCAAAAUACAGUGCAUGUUGCAUUUCAGCUCCUGGUAUUAUUUGGCCUAACUCGGCACCAUCCUGGUUCUAUACUGUGUGUGCUGAAGCAACAUUUCCUACCGUUGUCAAGCCAAGGCCAUACAGUCUGGCAUCAUGACCAUGAACAAACAUAGAGACAAGUUGAUUAAAAGCACAAACAGACAGAAGCAGCAGGCAAAGGCUACCUCACCACUUCUUAGUGUAUGUAGCCUAGGCUAUCCACUCCAUUUGGUCAUCAACAGAAGCCUCUGGGGGCAUCUUCUGGGCUUGCCACACCAUCACUCAUGCCAUACUAAUGCCUUGUUUUCAUCCUCAUGCUGUUGGAGGCUUUUGUUUGUGUCCGAGGGAUCUUGGUAAGAUUUUGCCUAAUGUAUCUAAUCCCAGAGAGUGGCCCAUGUUGGCUUAUAGGCUACAGCUUUGGCAGGAAUCCACCACAGUAUAACUGUGCCCAUUUGGUUGCCAAUUGCCACCUUAGACAUGUGGUUCACGCCAUUCGCUGUGUAGAUUUGGCCUAACAAAUUUGUCAUGAAUACAGUAUGUUGCUGUACCUUUUUGAAAACAAAGCAAGCAGCUGGCCAUAGCAAGGACAUGAGCGUAGGAUAGCCUUUUUCAUUUUGUAGAUGCCCUCAGAGCAUUGUUUUGCUUUAUGUUGUCAAAAGUCAGGGGAAGCAGUUGGAGCUAGUUUUAAUGAGUUCAGCUCGCGGAUGUUCGACCAACUGCCAGUACAGUAUGUGCAUUCAUUCAACAUGUCCUUUGAGAAAUGUUAAUGUCUGGAAUUUUCAAGGUGUAUAAGGGCUAGGCUACAUAAAAAAAAAAAGGCUAAAAGCCCAAAAUACUAGUAUCACCAAACCUAGUUCUUCUGAAAUGCAUACACUAGCACUUCCCUCUUCUAACAUCCCUGCUAAUAGUAGUAACACAUCUCGUGCAUAUCUAAUUUCUAUCUUUUAGUUUUUUUACUGUCGGGACAACUGGCAUCUUAUUUGACCAUUCAAAUGCUCGUUCGCUGGCUGGCUUGCUGUAGUCAAAUCUAGGCCAGGUUCACGAUCUAACCCAGCCAGUUAUCAUCAUGUCUGUCUGUCUGAGCACUGUUCUCCCUAGUUCCUAUAGUCUCAACUGUGUUCUCAUGUAUCCUUCGAUUCAGUAUGCACAAACCUGAGAUGUGCCGUUACUGAACAUGAUGAGAUACCAGUGUUCCACUCCAGGCAGUUUCCUCUAUCCCUGCCUUCGGCGAACAUGGCUCCUCUUUUAAGCGAGGGAAAGGGUGUGGGGAGGGAGGUAGGAUUGUGGGAAGGAGUUUGUAGGUGGCGGGGGGUGGGUAUCAGCUGCUGUUUACUCCGCUGUGCGUCAGGCUUAGCUCAAGCGGCAUGCUGGGUAUUCCCCACUAGCACUGUCACUCUCACACACACACACACACAAGCAGGCCCCCGCUGCACAGAGCAAAUUAAUCUGGCAGCCAGCAAGGCACAGUUAUCACCCAGCCAGGCCUUCCAGAAGCUUCCCAAAAAAUCCCCAAAUGUGAAAGACUAUGGCGGUGGUGCUUUGUUUUAGGGGGAAGAGUUAAGCUAAGGAGGGCUAUCCAAACAAGAAGUUACGGCACAGAAAUGCUAUAAUCGACGAAGGAUCAUGUCAUCAGAGCUCGUAGUGCUUCUUCAUAUCAGUUUAAUAGCAUAAUUCUUAAGCAUUUCUUCUUGCUUCAGAAAAUAGGCUAUAUAUUUUUUUAAAUCAAAUAAGUCCAAUGCUGUUUAAAUAAACUGAUGCUCAAAUAAUGACAAAGAUAGCUGAAAUGCAAAACCAUCAAGAAGGCACAACUGACUUCAUUUUUAACCAAUCAAGUCUGUUUGAAUAGACAACAACACUCAAACGCUGUUCCCGGCCCCUCAAUUAUAAUUUUGCAUCGCUGGCUGCUGACUUCACAGGGUCAGUGUAAGUGACCCUGCUUAAAAAAGAAACAAGCUGAUUCGAGGGCAGUCUGGUAGAUCAUGGCUGGUCAGGUCAACUAGCCAGAGGGCAGCAUCUGACCCACUACAUCCCAGAGGGGUGGGUGGCAGAGAUGGAUCUCAGUCCUUGGUGUUGAGGCAGAGUGUACCCUUGAGAAAUAGGCCACUGGUUUCUCCUGUACAAGCUACAGUAGCUCAUACAGUAGAAGGGUUGAAAAGACAUGAGGCUGAGAGAGGUGGUUUAAAAUGAAUGGUGUGGGAUUGAAGUGUAACUGAUUUUGUACGUUUGCCCACUGACAAAGAAAUGAUCAGUCUAUAAUUGUAAUGGUAGGUUUAUUUGAACAGAGAGAGACAGAAUAACAACAAAAAAAUCCAGAAAAAUGCAUGUCAAAAAUGUUAUAAAUUGAUAUGCAUUUUAAUGAGGGAAAUAAGUAUUUGACCCCCUCUCAAUCAGAAAGAUUUCUGGCUCCCAGGUGUCUUUUAUACCGGUAACGAGCUGAGAUUAGGAGAACACUCUUAAAGGGAGUGCUCCUAAUCUCAGUUUGUUACCUGUAUAAAAGACACCUGUCCACAGAAGCAAUCAGAUUCCAAACUCUCCACCAUGGCCAAGACCAAAGAGCUCUCCAAGGAUGUCAGGGACAAGAUUGUAAACCUACACAAGGCUGGAAUGGGCUACAAGACCAUUGCCAAGCAGCUUGGUGAGAAGGUGACAACAGUUGGUGCGGUUAUUCGCAAAUGGAAGAAACACAAAAUAACUGUCACACUCCCUCGGCCUGGGGCUCCAUGCAAGAUCUCACCUCAUGGAGUUGCAAUGAUCAUGAGAACGGUGAGGAAUCAGCCCAGAACUACACGGGAGGAUCUUGUCAAUGAUCUCAAGGCAGCUGGGACCAUAGUCACCAAGAAAACAAUUGGUAACACACUACGCCGUGAAGGACUGAAAUCCUGCAGCGCCCGCAAGGUCCCCCUGCUCAAGAAAGCACAUAUACAGGUCCGUCUGAAGUUUGCCAAAGAACAUCUGAAUGAUUCAGAGGAGAACUGGGUGAAAGUGUUGUGGUCAGAUGAGACCAAAAUCGAGCUCUUUGGCUUCAACUCAACUCGCCGUGUUUGGAGGAGGAGGAAUGCUGCCAAUGACCCCCAAGAACACCAUCCCCACCGUCAAACAUGGAGGUGGAAACAUUAUGCUUUGGGGGUGUUUUUCUGCUAAGGGGACAGGACAACUUCACCACAUCAAAGGGACGAUGGACGGGGCCAUGUACCGUCAAAUCUUGGGUGAGAACUUCCUUCCCUCAGCCAGGGCAUUGAAAAUGUGUCGUGGAUGGGUAUUCCAGCAUGACAAUGACCCAAAACACACGGCCAAGGCAACAAAGUAGUGGCUCAAGAAGAAGCACAUUAAGGUCCUGGAGUGGCCUAGCCAGUCUCCAGACCUUAAUCACAUAGAAAAUCUGUGGAGGGAGCUGAAGGUUCGAGUUGCCAAACGUCAGCCUCAACCUUAAUGACUUGGAGAAGAUCUGCAAAGAGAAGUGGGACAAAAUCCCUCCUGAAAUGUGUGCAAACCUGGUGGCCAACUACAAGAAACGACCUCUGUGAUUGCCAACAAGGGUUUUGCCACCAAGUACUAAGUCAUGUUUUGCAGAGGGGUCAAAUACUUAUUUCCCUAAUUAAAAUGUAAAUCAAUUUAUAACAUUUUUGACAUGCGUUUUUCUGGAUUUUGUUGUUGUUAUUCUGUCUCUCACUGUUCAAAUAAACCUACCAUUAAAAUUAUAGACUGAUCAUGUCUUUGUCAGUGGGCAAACGUACAAAAGCAGCGGAUCAAAUACUUUUUUCCCUCACUGUAAGGGCUUCUCUUAUGUUUUACCCUCUCUCUCCACAGCAAACUCCAGCUCUCCAGGCCCCAAAGUGCCUUCUCUCCGGUGGCCUUCGGUCCUGCCUUCACCGGUAAUUGUGUGUACUUGAGUGUUUGUGCACUUCUAUUUCUGAAUGUGGCGUUAGGUUUAUGUCAAUCUAUAUGGGUUGGUAAUGGGUGCUUGUGCUACGGAGAGUGUGCGACUCAUAUGCAUGUACACUUAUGUGCCGUAUAGGAUCUCUUGCUCUUUUUUUCACUCUCUCUGUUUCAAAUGUUCUGUCCCUGGAUCUCUCCCUCCAGGUGAGACUGUGUCCCUGGUAGAUGUGGAUAUUUCUCGUAGAGGGGUGAACUCUCUGCACCCCCCGACACCUCCACCUCCGCCCAGACGAAGCCUCAGUCUGCUGGGUACUUUCCUCUCUUUCUUGCUUACGUUUCCUUGGUGUUUCUUCUGUCACAUCACACUCUUCUUCUCUAUAUGCUACUCUGCUGCUGGGCUGUCCCUUGUCCCCUUCUUUCUGUGCUUUCUCAUUUUACACAAAAACAUUGGUGUAAAUACAAAAAUACAUUGAGGAUUUCUAUAAGGGCCAGAUGUUUUAAAAAAUAUAUAUAUCUUGGAGGGUUAGAAAAGGUGGUCAGGAGUUAAGCAUGGUUAGUUUCUCCAAUCUCAAUAACAGUAGUUGCUGCCUCAGUGUUUUAUAGUUGGCAUGUGUGUAACGGUUCACUGUGUAAACCAAUUUCAGAAACUCAAUAGGAAUAUACGUGAUUGGACAGACACUAACACAUUUAUGGUUCGGUGCCACUUGGGUUUACAGUACAACAAUGACUCAUUGGUUUUCUGUGACUUCAAAUGCAUUAGGCCUUGUGACUUACGGUACAGGGUCAGAAUUGCAGAACUGAAUUUGUUUUGGUUUAAGAAGCACUCCGUUCUCGCUCGCUCGCUCUCUCUCGCUCUCUCUCGCUCUCUCUCGCUCUCUCUGCUUUCCUGUCUGUAUUGCAACUGAGUCAUCUCUCUGUUCCUCUUUCUGUUGGCUGUAUUGGCCUCAGACGAGGUGUGGGUUUCUUUCUUAAGGCCAUGUUCUAGUAGGUUAGCACUAAUUAGCAAUAGUAAUGUGGUCGAUGCCAAGGCAGAGACCGUCAUCAGACUGAAGAUACACACAAGUCACGAUGCAGUCAGGAUCAGACCACGGUCUGGAGAGCACUUGCGUUGCUGAGGUAAAGGUCAUUUUUGUAUGACUAAAGAUCCCACAUCUUCCUAUUAGCUUACUUCAUACCUAUGCUUCUAGCUGCUAAAGCCAUUCUGGUUCCUCUGCCUGGACAUCCGGCCACACUUCCUCAACACACGACAAUCAUUAGGGGCUUAACAUCCAGGGUGCGAUAGAGGUUUUGUCCGUCACUGUAGGAUGACAAUACUUGAGCUCCAGCAACAUUGUGGAGGACAUAUGAGACUAAGGGAUCGGGGUAGAGAUGGGUAUUUGCUCAAUGCCUUGCUAUGCCAAUGUCUGUCCAGCUUGGGGAUCUGUCACUGCUUUCUUCAUAUGCUCUGCCUGGUGUCAUUGUCGCUCUGAGGCUUGAUUGUAACAUCACUGUGUGUCGGGAUCCCACUUCUGAUGCCAACAGCACCCAGUUUGGAUGUGAGACAAACAUUGAGUAUCCAUUCUUGUGGUUCUUCUGAGGCAAAAUGUCACCUAUAUAAUGUUACCACCAACAGUCCCUUAUCUUAUAGUGUGACAUUCAGCCAUCAGUAUGAUGAACUUCAAAGGAAGCCACGUCAAUAGAGGAAGCCCACAUUGCCAUUUGAUCUUCGUAAAGUUCAGGUUGGUGGCUGGCCUCUUAACGCCUGUGCCUCCCGCUGUGCUCUGUUCCAGAUGACUUUGGUGGGCCGCAGCCUGGGCCUUUCCUAGAGAGUGGCGUGGGGGCCUCCAUGCAGUCGCUGCCCCUACGGCCGCCUCCUCCCUCCCAUGCCUUCAUCCAGCAUAGCCUCAGCCUCAAUGGUAAGAGCACAGCCUGGGCAAGCGAGGUCAAGGGGGCUUACCAGUGGGGCACAGAGAGAGACUCAUAAAGACAAAGGCUGGAGAAUAGAAAAAUCAUAGAAAAUGUUUUAGAAGGGUACACGGUCCAUUUUACUGUGACAUACCUAACUCAUUUCAGUUGGUAGGCUGUAAAUCAACGCAAUAGAAGAAAAUGGCCAGUUUUCUCGUGUAGUGAAGGGGUUAAAUAUAAGUUUCAUUGAUUCACCAGCAGUUCAUUUGAACUUCUAUUGUUUGAGACCCAACAAAUACAGUAGGAGAAGAGAGCCAAUAGGACGUGCUAAUGGGAACAAUUUAUCAUAGGUAAUGCAAUGUACUAUGACACAGAGGUUGACAUUUGAAUGUCCCCUCUUCUGUUUUUACAUUGUUAUAAAGUAUGUGGUAAUUGCAUUGGUGCAAAGCCAGUAUUGUUUCUGGACACUAAUGAGUUUGGUAAACAGAUAUUCUGCUACAGUAGGGUUAAUGUUUGGCCUGUUAUUGCUUUCCCUAACAGGGAUUCUUCUUCCUUCCGUGUCCAUUUGCAUAUGCACAUACAGACUACUAGCAUUGGUAUUUGUAUUAUCUACUGAGCUACAUGAUAUAAUCAGAAAUGAUAGUGUGUAGGUAGAGCUGAGGCAUUUCCGUAUUCUUCACAAUUCCGUAUUCUGACGCAGAAUCAUAUAUCCUUCUACAUUGAUAUCUCAACAUUGUGGAACAUUGCAACCUCCUGAAUAAGCCCCAGCAGGUUUACCGGACCAUUUCUCUUGCUUUAAUAGGGUAGGCUCAAAGAAAGGCCUUGGCAAAGUGGUGUGAUCAGAGGCAGCAGGGAAGGAGAAGUAACAUAGGGAUCCCUAAUGAAGAACCAGAUUUAGAAAGAGGCAGAUAAUGAUACUCAUUAUCAUUUGAUGAAAAUGAUAGCAUUGAUGGCCAUCUCUGGAAAAUGGCGAAAUUAUAGUUUAAUCGUAGAUAUCACAUUGUGCCCACGAAACGUAUGAUUGUGCCCAGUUAAGCCUGGUCAAUUUGCAUGAUGUUAAAAUGUGUCUGGUUGAAUGAUUUGGUGAUUAUAUUCGGACAGACUGGUGUGAUUGUCAGAGACCGAGGCAGAUUAAGUGACGAUAUUCAUUUUUUACAUUUGAGUCAUUUAGCAGACGCUCUUAUCCAGAGCGACUUACAGUUAGUGAGUGCAUACAUUUUCAUACUGGCCCCCCGUGGGAAACGAACCCAUCACCCUGGCGUUGCAAGCACCAUGCUCUACCAACUGAGCUACAGGGGACUACAUUUGAUGGCUAUCUGUACCUGAGAUGGACAUGAACUUAUAGGCUACACCAGCACAUGCAUGAAACAGAUGUAUUCAUUAUAUUAUCACAGACAUGUCAUUACACACAAUAUUUUAACCUAUAACGGAGGCUCCAAGUUUUUUCUAGGUAGGUCACAUAGUCAGGACAAUGACGCACUUACCCUGAGGUACACACUUGCUCAUGCUUCUUUUAAGCAGGGUGAAUUUAUGUCUAAUUUGGCAACAAUUUCUAGAAAUACCAUGUGUUUCUAAUGCCGAUUUACGGAAUGUUCUCGUCGCCACCAGUGAGAGUGAAGGAUGAACCCUGGACCUGAGUGUGUGUGGCUCUGUGUUUCAGAUACGUUCCUGCGGGGUCUCCCCCGGCCCAUCCCGCUGCCUGGCAACGGCCAGAACCCGUCCCGGGUGGACCAGCGCCCCCUGCUGUGCCCACUGAGCCGCCCCGAUGCCAGCAGCUUUGCCACCAGCCUCCGAGAACUGGAAAAAGUAGGACAUGUCACGUGUACAUAGGCACAUUGACGUUGUUGCAGACAGUGCUAGGUUCAGACACAGUCAAUAUUCCCUCUAAGCUGCGCGCGGGCGCAGAGAAGCACGAGAUUGAACUUGAAUUGCCAAUGUUAGCCACUUUCAAUGCAACAUAACGAAACGAGCUAUGCAAGACUUAGUAUGCAAAACUAACUAUGCAAGCGAUUUUCUUGUAGGCAGAACAUAACGGAGUAGGAUUCUAUUGCAUUGACAGGCACGACUCAGCCCAUACUCUAACAGACCUGUGCGGCAUAACCAAUCAGAGCUGCAGUAUCCCUAUAUGCAAAUAGGCCAUUGCCAUACAGUGCAUUCGGAAAGGGGGUGUCUCCUUAAGUAUUCAUACCCUUGACUUUUUCCACAUUUUGUUACGUUACAGCCUUAUUCUAAAAUGGAUUAAAUAAAUAAAAAAUCCUCAUCAAUCUACACACAAUAUCCCAUAAUGACAAAGCGAAAAUUUAUAAAAAUACAAGAAACAGAAAUACCUUAUUUACAUAAGUAUUCAGACCCUUUGCUAUGAGACUCUAAAUUGAGCUCAGGUGCAUCCUGUUUCCAUUGAUCAUCCUUGAGAUGUUUCUACAACUUGAUUGGUCCACCUGUGGUAAAUUCAAUUGAUUGGACAUGAUUUGGAAAGGCACACACCUGUCUAUAUAAGGUCCCACAGUUGACAGUGCAUGUCAGAGCAAAAACCAAGCCAUGAGGUCGAAGGAAUUGUCUGUAGACCUCCGAGACAGGAUUUUGUUGAGGCACAGAUCUGGGGAAGGGUACCAAAAAAUGUCUGCAGCAUUGAAGGUCCCCAAGAAGACAGUGGCCUCCAUCAUUCUUAAAUGGAAGAAGUUUGGAACCACCAAGACUCUUCCUAGAGCUGGCCGCCCAGCCAAACUGAGCAAUCGGGGGAGAAGGGCCUUGGUCAGGGAGGUGACCAAUAACCCGUUGGUCACUCUGACAGAGUUCAUCUGUGGCAAUGGGAGAACCUUCCAGAAGGACAACCAUCUCUACAGCAUUCCACCAAUCAGGCCUUUAUGGUAGAGUGGCAAGAUGGAAGCCACUCCUCAGUAAAAGGCACAUGACAGCCCGCUUGGAGUUUGCCAAAAGGCACCUAAAGGACUCUCAGACCAUGAGAAACAUGCCAAGUGUCACGUCUGGAGGAAACCUGGCACCAUCCCUACGGUGAAGCAUGGUUGUGGCAGCAUCAUGCUGUGGGGAUGUUUUUCAGCGGCAGGGAUUGGGAGACUAGUCAGGAUCGAGGGAAAGAAAAACAGAGCAAAGUACUGAGAGAUCCUUGAUGAAAACCUGCUCCAGAGCGCCCAGGACCUCAGACUGGAGCGAAGGUUCACCUUCCAACAGGACAACGACCCUAAUCACACAGCCAAGACAACGUAGGAGUGGCUUCGGGACAAGUCUCUGAAUGUUCUUGAGUGGCCCAGGCAGAACCCAGACUUGAACCCGAUCGAACAUCUCUGGAGAGACCUGAAAAUAGCUGUGCAGUGAUGCUCCCCAUCUCACCUGACAGAGCUUGAGAGGAUCUACAGAGAAGAAUGGGAGAAACUCCCCAAAAACAGGUGUGCCAAGCUUGUAGUGUCAUACUCAAGAAGACUCGAGGCUGUAAUCGCUGCCAAAGGUGCUUCAACAAAGUACUGAGUAAAGGGUCUGAAUACUUAUGUAAAUUUGAUAUUUCCGGUUUUUUUUUAUAUAACUUUAUUUUGUAACACAUUUUCAGUCACUUCCUUGUCUGAAGGACAAGUGGAUGAACAGGUUAAUGCCAAGCCCUGCAUGUUUAUUUUCAAAAGUCUCAUGGAAUGUAGGCCUACGUUGAACACCACACAUUGGUUGCUACUGUAGGCUGAAUGAUAGAACAGCUAUUUCCAUGUUAAAAUGUUAUGGGACGCAUUUUCUCCAUUGUUUUUGGGACUAAUUUUCUCCAGGCCACUCUGAUAGGCCUACAAUAUGAUCAAAUAGCCACAGUAGCCUACAUGGCCACUGUUAUAACUCCGAACUUAAAAUGGGUACAGCCACAGUGUUCACAAUAAACGCGCGCCAGAAGUUGCACAGAAUUUUCACAACAUUAAAGUUUGCGCUCAGCAGACCUGAAAUUUGCUCAGUGCCAAAACAUUUUUGAGGGAACAUUGGACACGGUGCUAGGUUCAGACACGGUGCUAGGUUCAGACACGGUGCUAGGUUCAGACAAGGUGCUAGGUUCAGACACGGUGCUAGGUUCAGACAAAUCAAAUGUAUUUAUAAAGCCCUUUUUACAUCAGCAGAUGUCAAAGUGCUUAUACAGAAACCCAGCCUUAAACCCCAAACAGCAAGCAAUGCAAAUGUAGAAGCACGGUGACUAGGAAAAACUCACUAGAAAGGCAGGAACCUAGGAAGAAACCUAGAGAGGAACCAGGCUCUGAGGGGUGGCCAGUCCUCUUCUGGCUGUGUCGGGUGGAGAUUAUAAGAGUGCAUGGCCGUUAAGGCCAAAUCGUUCUUCAAGAUGUUCAAACGUUCAUAGAUGACCAGCAGGGUCAAAUAAUAAUCACAGUGGUUGUAGAGGGUGCAACAGGUCAGCACCUCAGGAGUAAAUGUCAGUUGGCUUUUCAUAGCCGAGCAUUCAGAGGAAAUGUCAGUUGGCUUUUCGUAGCCGAGCAUUCAGAGGUCGAGACAGCAUGUGCGGUAGAGAAAGAGAGGGAGGGAGGGAGAGAGAGUGGGUCGAAAACAGCAGGUCCGGGACAAGGUAGCACGUCUGGUAAACAGGUCAGGGUUCCAUAGCCACAGGCAAAACGUCAGAAACUGGAUCAGCUGCACAACCAGGUGAACUGAGGACAGCCAGGAGUCAUCAGGCCAGGUACUCCUGAGGCAUGGUCCUAGGGCUCAGGUCCUCCGAGAGAAAUAGAGAGAGAUGGGAGAAUUAGAGGGAGCAUACUUAAGUUCACACAGGACACCAGAUAAGACAGGAUAAUUUAUCCAGAUAGGACAGACUGACCCUAGCCCCCCGGCACAUAGACUAUUGCAGCAUAGAUACUGGAGGCUGAGACAGGGGGGCUCGGGGACACUGUGGGCCCGUCGGACGAUACCCCCGGACAGGGCCAACCAGGCAGGAUAUAACCCCACCCACUUUGCCAAAGCACAGCCCCCACACCACCAGAGGGAUAUCAACAGACCACCAACCUACUACCCUGAGACAAGGCCGAGUAUAGACACAGAGACACAGAGCUAGGUUCAGACACAGAGCUAGGUUCAGGCACAGAGCUAGGUUCAGACACAGAGCUAGGUUCAGACACAGAGCUAGGUUCAGACACAGAGCUAGGUUCAGUUAGAAAAGACUGAGAUAAUAACAAACACAUAAUAAUAAUAAUAUGCCAUUUAGCAGACGCUUUUAUCCAAAGCGACUUACAGUCAUACGUGCAUACAUUUUUUGUGUAUGGGUGGUCCCGGGGAUCGAACCCACUACCUUGGCGUUACAAGCGCCGUGCUCUACCAGCUGAGCUACAGAGGACCACACAUCCCAGAACACAGGCUAAUACUUCUAGUCUUUAGAUGUGUGUGCAUGCAUGUAUAUCUGAUGUGAAUCUGUCUGCAUCUGUGUGAUCAUAGUGUGGCUGGUACUGGGGUCCUAUGAACUGGGAGGAUGCAGAGAUGAAGCUGAAGGCCAAGCCAGAUGGCUCGUUCCUGGUGAGGGACAGCUCUGACCCCCGCUACAUCCUCAGCCUCAGCUUCCGCUCCCAGGGAGUCACACACCACACACGCAUGGAGCACUACAGAGGUGAGUUACACACGCACGCAUCCAUGCACAUACACACACACGCUAUAUGUACUCUACAUUAGGGGUGUUUCAAUCUGGCUAUACUCGUAAUCGUAUCCGUAAAUUGACAGUUGAAAGUCGAAUCGGAUGAUACUCGUGAUGAGAAAAGAUGGAAGUGUUUAAUAUGCCUAAGUAGAUGUUGGCAAAAUACCCAUCUCCCUGCAUGUUUUAUAGACCAAACAAGCUGCAGAUAAGGAGCAGCGCGCGGAGGGGUGUCUGUCUGUUUCUGUGUGCAGCGGGCAGACAAGUUUGCUGUCACUCAUUCAGAAUGUGCAUCGGCGUCUCAUCUUUUUUCCCUAGCCCCGCUUGUUAGAUACUAUGUACGUUGACAGCAGGCUACUUGCAAACGUCCUCGCCUUUUGAUUUCUCCUAGUAGCAGGCAAACAGGAGGCAGCAGCAAUCUGAAUGAUCAGACUGAAACAUGCGAGGAGAAGUGAUCGGGUGAAAUUAUGAAGCGAAGCGAGUGGAUGGAGAAAUACAGCUUCGCUCUAUCCAAUCAGAGCAGCAGGAUCAACGUACAGCCCGCCCUUUUACAGACAGGCAAACUAGCCAGUUGAGUUAUUUAGACCACGUAGUACAGGGGUGUCAAACUCAUUUUAGCUCAGGGGCCACAUGGAGGAAAAUCUAUUCCCAAGUGGGCCGGACCGGAAAAAUCAUGGUGUAUAUAUAACUUAAAAACAACAACUUCAGAUUGUUUUCUUUGUUUUAAUAUGAUCAACAUACAACAUAAAGCUGGAGCCUGAGGACAGUGUGUCCAAAAUAGUACAAGCACAACAUCACUAUUAAUCAUAAAACACGUCAAGUCUAUUUGAAAAUUCUAAAGAAAAAGAACACACAAACACACAAUGCCUCAGUGAUUAACAGAACUGUUUCACACAUCACAGAACUAUAUCAGGGUGUCAUUUCUCAGGCAGAAAUGUAGAUAAAAAUAAUUAAAUCCUGUUCCCCAAACAAGUGCAAGAACCACAGAGUCAAGAAUAGGUUAAAUAUACAAAUAAAAUAAAAUCAAUUAAAAACAAUAGCACAUCAACAUAAAAACAUAUAAACAUAAAGCUGGAGCCUGAGGACAGUGUCCAAAAGCACAACAUCACUAUUAAUCAUAAAACACCUCAAGUUAUUUGAAAGUUCUGAGGACAAAGAACACACAAACACACAAUGCCUCAGUGAUUCACAGAAGUAUAUCACAGAUCACAGAACUAUAUCAGGGUGUCAUUUCUCAGGCAGAAAUGUAGAUAAAAAUAAUGAAAUCCUGUUCCCCAAACAAGUGCAAGAACCACAGAGUCAAGAAUAGGUUAAAUAUACAAAUAAAAUAAAAACAAUUAAAAACAAUAGCACAUCAACAUAAAAACAUAUAAACAUAAAUCUGAAAGCGUUGCUCAAACUCCCGUAACAGUCCCGUUAUUUUAUCUUUGAACCGCUUCAUGUCUGCCACAUGUUGGGUCGCGCACACAUUUUUCAGACAGGGGAAGUGAGCUGCAUCACCACCGGCAAGUUGCGUCUCCCACAAUGACAGCUUCAACUUGAAAGAACGUAUGCUGUCAUAAUACUGCGUGACAACUUUGUUGCGCCCUUGCAGCUGUUUGUUCAAGUUAUUCAGGUGCUCUGUAACAUCCACCAUAAAUGCAAGGUCCGGCAUCCAUUCUGCGGAAUGAAAUUCUAACACUGGUUUUCCCUUUUCUUCCAUGAACUGUUCAAUUUCUUCUCGUAAAUCAAAGAAACGCCUCAGCACAGCACCUCGGCUUAACCAUCUUACCUCAGUGUGGUAUGGCAGGCCAUAGAUGUGGUCUUUCUCUCUGAGAAGGCUGUCAAACUGACGGUGAUUCAGGCUUCUGGAUCGGAUGAAAUUAACAGUUUGGAUGACCACCUUCAUGACGUUAUCCAUCUUUAAUGACUUGCAACACAAAGCCUCCUGGUGCAAAAUACAGUGAAAAGUCAAAAAAUCACGUCCUCCAUUUGCAGAUUGUACUUUCUCUCUGAACUUUGUCACAACGCCUGCUUUUUUCCCGAUCAUUGAGGGCGCACCAUCUGUAGCCAGGCUGACAGCGCGGGACCAGUCCACUCCGACCCUGUCCAGCGCGCCGACGAGUGCGGUAAAAAUAUCAGCUGCUGUCGUUGUAUCUGUCAUCGGCACCAACUCCACGAACUCCUCGGUGACGGUCAAUAUGUCAUCAACUCCGCGGAUGAAAAAAUGGCCAGUUGUGCAACAUCUGUAAUGUCCGUGCUUUCAUCAAUUGCAACCGAAAACGCAAUAAAUGACUUUACUUUUUGCUUCAACUGGCUGUCCAAAUCCACUGAAAGAUCGGAAAUCCUGUCUGCAACUGUGUUUCUUGUCAGGCUGAUAUUUGCAAAAGCCUGCCGCUUUUCAGGGCACACAAUCUCCGCUGCCUUCAUCAUGCAUGUUUUUACAAAUUCACCCUCACUAAAUGGUUUUGAAGCCACUGCGAUUUCAUUAGCAAUGAGGUAGCUAGCUUUCACUGCAGCGUCACUGAUGUCUCGGCUGUGAGUUAACACAGACUGCUGUUUCUUCAGACCGGCCAACAGUUCAUUCACCUUCUCUCAUCUCCGCUGUCCUUGAAAGUUGUCAUAUUUGUCGGCAUGAAGACUCACAUAGUGGCGACGAAGGUUAUAUUCUUUCAGCACUGCAACAUGCUCUGAACACACCAAACAUACAGCUUUCCCAUUCAAUUCCGUGAUUAAAUAGGAUGACCAUUUUUCUUGGAACACUCUGCACUCUGCGUCCACUUUUCUCUUUUUUGACAGAGACAUAUUGGGGCAAUGAGGGUGCCAAAGCACAUAAUGUUAAAAGUAGAAGCCGUAAUAAAUAUCGCGGGCAAUACAAAGUAGCUCAUUGGCUGCACGUGCUUGACCUACUUGCUUUGCCCCGAUAUAAACAGUUUGCUUGCUUAACACAAUUGCUAUUGCGCCAUCCAGUGGACGCAAUUGGAACAGCAGUUUAUUUUAUUGAAAAAUUGCAGCGCACUUUUAUUUAUAUAUAUAUAUAUAUAUAUAUAUACUUUUUUUUUUUUUUUUUUUUUUUUUGAUCCGGCCCGCGGGCCGUACGUUUGACACCCCUGUUCUACAUGAACUCUCAUGCAGCACUUUGUACUAAAGAUGUAAGCCAUGUACACACACAUUUUGGAUGGUUUCCUGUCGUGUCUUUAUGGUGUCUUAAUGAUUGGUCUUUUUCUCAAUAUCUUCACAGGAACCUUCAGCCUCUGGUGUCACCCAAAGUUUGAGGACCGCUGUCAUUCUGUGGUGGAGUUUAUCGAACGGGCCAUCAUGCACUCCAAGAAUGGAAAAUUCCUCUACUUCCUGCGCUCACGGGUCCCAGGUAAGAACCCACCAAUCAGUGGGACACUGCUAAAUGACAGCCCUGUCACUGUAUAUGGACCUGAAUCAUAGGUUACAUACAGAACCAUUUUAAAGUUGCUAUUACUAACACCUAUUUAGCACUGGGUUGUCAUAAUUAAUUAGGCUAUAGGUUUGUUUUGACUUUACUAUAUUUCUUCAAUUAGUGUUGUAUUUAUAUGUGGUGGAGGAUGUAGUUCGCUUUCUAGGGUAGAAUUGAGUAUGCUUAUGAUGUGUGUUCCUGCCAAUGAUGUACAUUAAUAUGUCUAUGACUAUGGUUCCUCCUCCAGGCCUCCCCCCGACCCCGGUCCAGCUACUGUACCCAGUGUCCCGCUUCAGCAGUGUCAAGUCCCUGCAGCACCUCUGUCGCUUCUGCAUUCGCCAGCUGGUCCGCAUAGACCACAUCCAGGAGCUCCCGCUGCCCACGUAUGUAGAAACACAACACAGAUCUGACUACAUUAUAGAAACACAACACAGAUCUGACUACAUUAUAGAAACACAACACAGAUCUGACUACAUUAUAGAAACACAUCACAUCCAAGAGCUCCUGCUGCACGUGUACAUGCACUGCCCUGCCUGUAUAGACCAGUGACCCAUGAUGUAGUGUGACCUAUAGUGCCCUCUAGUGUACAAAACAAGUGAAACAUCUGAAGACAGACUAAAUAUAAUCAACACGACAAAUAACCACAUAGGCAGGCCAAAAUGGCUCCACAAGAUAUUGGGAUUUGUGUACUAUGGUGGGAGUGUUUAAGAUACAGACAUAAUGGAAGAUUUUCAUAGUGUGUAUUGGGAUGGUUAUAUUUUCUAUCUGUUAAUAUGUACGGGCAGACAGUUUUGCAUUGGAAGGAAUGUAUAAACUGUACCCUCUCUUCCCGUAGGCCCCUCAUAGUCUACCUGCGAAAGUUCUACUACUACGAUCCUGAGGAGGAGAUGUACAUGUCAAUCAAGGAGACGGGGCAGGACACGACCACCCAACCGGCGACUGUCCAGCCGGAGUCUCAAACGUAGCACUUGGAAGAUAAUUGGAUCAAGUGAGUGAUGGACACUUGGGCCACCAAUCGAGCAGUGUUGUUAAAUACGUUUAUACUGAAAUACUGUAUUCGGUACAUUAUGCAAUUGACUUUUCCAUAUAUUUUCAAUGAAAUAUUGGGGUGUGCAUUGUUUAGUGUGGCCACUGGUCAGUGCAUAUAAUGUCCUUAUCCUUUGUUGUUGCAGGUUUUUAUACAUGUGGACAGCUUACCUGAAGACUGAUAGUGACUGUAAUUGGGGACAGUCUCGCUCAAACCCUCUUGUGCCAGACUGUGCACCAAUCAGCGCUCUUGGUUGACUCGGUAGCCGGAUGUCUGGGGCAGGGUUUUAGAUGAUCCACCCUCCUCCCUUUUUGAUCGGCCCACAGAAACUGGAGGAGGAGCAGGGGAUGAGGAAACUCCACCCACCCGGCCAGUGAGGAAGAUAUCUGACCACGGGGCUGAACUGGAAGAGCUGACUGACUACUUGCCAUUGUGCUAACUACAGUAAGCCCCCAGCUAAGACUGGACAUCACUGAAACGUUGUGGAACUGUCACAUGUGCUUGAGAAGGAAGAACAUUGCUAAGACGAUGGCUUGAGGGUCGAAGUAUAUGGAACCAAAUCAGUUUGGAAAACGAUGCACUUGUCCUUUUUUUUAUACCCCUGCUCUGAAAAGGUCUGAAAAAAUGGACCGCUCGUUGUUUGGACCAGAGUAUAAAAAGUUGUCUACUGUAUGUCAGCCAAGACGGAGAAACUGUUCACACCUUUCUGAUGUGAUGCAUUCUCAAGUACAUAGAAAUCUACAUUUUUUGUUGUUGUUUCCUCUUAAUAUUUGGUUGCCACAGAUUUGAUCUGCACCUUUUGAAUUGACUGCGUGAGCUGUGUGUAUGUGUGCGUGCCUGUAUGUGUGUGUAAAUACUGUAUGUUGGCGUUAGCUGUUGGUGGCUAACCAGAGUUAUUUGGUGGCGUAACAUCACUGGAGGAUGUCAUGGUUGGCUUGCAACUCUGGAAUCGAACUGGAAUUCUCUUGCUAUACUGUCAUUGAGCAAAUGCGUUACCAGAACAAAUAAUAAUAAAACUGUUGAUGGAAUUUAAA